AGCCUUGAGUUAAUGGUCCAGUACAGGAGCAGAGGCAUUACAUUAGAUUCCCUAACUGGUUAGACCAGGCAAACCAGUUUUCUCUAAACAAGGAGUUCGUUUCCAAAGGAGGGCAGCAGUGCCCAUGCGAUGCGGCGAACAGCCAACUGAGGAUACAAACACACGGAUGAAGAAGGAGAAGAGGACGCUAGGGGGCAGCUUUCAUUACGUCAACAUCAGUAUGAGUGGAGACCGACUUUGUUGACUUUGGAUUUGUGCUCACUUGAAGAGAGUUAGUUUGUCUUCGUCAUCUGAAACUACUGGCAGCAAUGCGCUUUCAAAGAGCUCUUCUCCUUUAUUAGAGCAUCACUGGCACACACUUGAAAACAGGCACUCGUGUUGCUUUUAAGUGAUCCUCUGGAACAUCCUGAUAGCAGCUGCUAUGUUGGGCAGGACAGCCCUGAGCCUAGGCGUUACUGCCCACCGCCUCGGUAAAAAUGUCACUUUUUACAUAAAUGAACUGGCGACUCCGGCCUCGGGAUGCCGGACCCAAGCCUCCGAGGACCACAAACCCCUGAUGUUGAUGCUGCCGUGGUUGGGUUCGCGUCCCCAGGCUGUGGCGAAGUAUUGUGAAAUCUACUUCCGCACCGGCUUUGAUGUGCUUGUGGUAGAAAGUGAGGUCCAAGAGUUCCUGUGGCCUCGCUGGGGUCUAGAUCACGGAAGGAGGUUGCUGGAGUUGCUCCAGAGUGAGCGCUUUGUCUCGCGCCCCCUGCUUGUCCAUGCCUUCUCUAUCGGGGGCUUCACAUUUGCUCAGCUGCUGGUGCAUCUGUCCCAGGACGUGCAGAAAUAUCAGGAGCUCAUACAGAGGAUCAAAGGUCAAGUAUAUGAUAGCUUGGUGGUGGGCUCUCUGGAGACAAUGGCCAUAGGUCUCGGUAAGACUGUUUUUCCACAAUGGGAGACACUCAUAAAACAUACGAGCCUGCUGUAUUUCAGCAUGUUCAAACGCCAAACAGUGGACUACUUUAACACAAGCAUUGAUGCGUUUCGGAACAGUCCCGUCACUGCUCCUGCGCUGUUCUUCUUUUGUGAGAACGAUCCAAUGAGCGACCCACGAGCUAUGGAGGAACUGAUCGACCAUUGGCGGAAGCGCGGGGUGAACAUCACAGCCAAAAACUGGGAGGAGUCAACACAUGCAGGUCACCUAAAGAGGCACCAACAAGAGUAUCUGACCACCCUGAACACUUUCUUUCACUCGCUGUCCAUCGGCCCGCUGAAGGCCAAGAUGUGAGAUGGUUUCAUCACACAACAUAGUGAUUAACUUGACUUUGCUUGUUUUCUGCUUAAUCUAAAAUGCUUAACGCUUAAUCUAAUACAUACUGUUACAGUGUGUUCAUUAUAAUGAUAAUAAUAAUAAACCUUAUUUAUUACAGAGCUUUUCAAACAGUUACAGAGUGCUUUAAAAGUUUAAAACACAUUUAACACAUAUGGAUUGAGUCAUAUUAAACAAUAGAAAUACAAAGAAUGGGAAAAAAACCCCAGCAAUAACAAUAUAUGCUCAUAAUAAAAUGAAUGAGUGAUUUUGGCAAUAAGACAGUGUGCUAGAAUUAAUAAAAAUCUUUUGUGAAAAGAUACAUUUCAACAAGUGGUUUAAGAGAUGUGGGUGACUCUGCAAGACCCUGUGUCUGGGUAGGGACUUCCAGAGCCGAGGGGACCUUCAUCGUGAAAGCCCAGUCAUCUUUGGUCUUCAGCUGGGACUCUGGAAGAUCCAGCAGAGCCCUGGCUGAGGGUCUGAAGUUGCACCAUGGCUGAUAGGGGAGCUAAACCAUGACACGCUUUAAAGGUGAACAGUAAAAUGUUCAGUUGCGCCUGUAACUAUCCCUGUGAACAGAGAUAGUUACAAGCACAAUUGCUCUUGGCAUUGUGAACUAUGGCAAGACAGUUCAUUUAUAUAGCACAUUUUAUUACAGGUUAUUGCAGGUCCAGCAACAAGUGUGAUGAGAAUAUAUUUGCUAACUGAGAUGAACACACAUCUGUUGUUAUGCUUCCAUUCUGGCGAUAGCUGUGAGCAUCAUCUUACUAUGUUUUCCAUCCGUCUGCAUGGCUCUUCCUCCCCUUUUUUUGUAAAUGUGAUAUCUCAGGAAAGCCUGGAGGGCACAAACAUCCACUUAGACUCAAGGAUGAGCUUGAUGAAUUUUGGACAAAUUCAUAUGCAAAUGAUGAAGUGUGUGUGGUUUACAGCUACAGGUCAUACUCAAGAUCAAAACUGAUUUGUACUUGUGUCUUUGAGAGAAGAUUUUAUUUCAGCCUUUAAUAUUUACACAAACAGCUCCAGGGACCAUUGAUUAUUUUAAUGGUCUGCCAUAGCUUAGAGGAAUAUUUAUUCUUUCACAAGAAAUUCCACCAUGUUGGUGUUCAUUGAUGGUGUUUAACAAAACACAUCCAGGAAUUCCAGAUGGCAUAAUGAGCCUCGGUUGUAUCUGUAGAAAUGAACGGUGCUAUAACAAACUACCAAAAUGUCAGAUGAUGAGUUAGACUUGAAAACUGUUGAUGUCUUGUAAAGACUGGCAUAUGGUCAUUAUGAAGUUUUACAAAUAAAUGAGAUUUCUGUUGAAGUGGUUGCCCAACAUGAAGCUGUGCCUCUGAUAUUGUAAAACUUUGUGCGUGGUAACUUGAGACUUUGAUGCGUGCAUGAAACCACAAGUGCUUUUCUGCUUUGUGCAAUUAAAACACAAACAUUUUUGUAAAGAUGUUCUAUGUGUAGCUUGAAAAAUAAAUGUGAAGGCAUAUUGUUGAAGGUA